AUGAGCGACGAGAAAAAGCUGGAUUUAUGUAAAAAAUAUUUUCUGAUCGGCGCCUGCUUUUUGCCAUUUGUCUGGCUUACCAACUUUUUCUGGUUCUUUAGCGAUGCGUUUGUGAUUCCGAGAAACGUGCAGCGUGUGGAAAUGCGCAAGUACGUCGUCGGUUCGGGAAUUGGCACGAUUUUUUGGUUGAUUAUAAUUUUAUCAUGGGAAAUCAUUUUCCAGCUUUAUCGUGAUCUUGGCAUCGAAUGGGCCGAUUAUUUGACAUUUGUCUUCCCAAAAGGACGAGUUUAA